UGACGUUUCGAGGGGGCUUGGCGGGAGUCAAAAGCGGUGUAACCGACCAGCACGAUAUUUAUACAUCGUGCACUGAUUUUGCGCCACAAUUUGCAUAAAUCUCCUGAGAGCCUCUUAUUUGCGUAAGAGAUUCCGUUUAUUAUUGGUUUGCAACGUUAACUGACCAGGUUUUGGAAGGUAACAAUGGUACCGAAAACUGACCUUCAUGAUACUGAGCUGAGCCGCAGAAAAAGAAAAGCAACGAAAAAAACCCAACUCUGCAUGGGUCCAGGGUGGCACUUGUUAACACACAGACAAGUACUUGAAACACAUCCUCGAGCUGACGUCGUGGUAUCGUGAGUUGCUAUAUUUAAAUAGCAACAAAUGAUACUAUUCUGCUCUGUUGUCGAUACCGGAGGUCCUACGUGCAGAUCCGAGUCCGGAAACUCAUAAUAGUCUGCAAGUAAAAUCAACGCAUUUUGUUCUAGAUUUUAGUGGUUCAAUUUGACUGUUUAAUUUAAUAAUAAAAAAAGAAAGCUUUAGAAGACUUGUACUGACUGAGUUUUGUACGUGAUAUGUAAACGUUCUCGAGAUUCCUUGGCUGCAUGGAUGUGAAGGAGUUGCGAUAACCUUAUUGCAUUCUAUUGAACAGUUUGCGCUGACGUUAGCCGCAGUCACGAAAACUCUCGAGAAUAGUGAGCACCCAGUCACUGCGUGUUUCCUGUGUUUGCUCUUCUAGCGAGAAGUCAAAUAAAAGCAGUUUUGAUUAGUGUUGAAAAUAAACAGCGUGAAUCUUUUGUAAACUCAUUUAAAAAAUGAGACGUGCCGUUUGUGGAUCAACAGAUCACUCGCGCUGGGAGCUUUCAUGACAUUUUAAAAAGUAUCUGGUGAAUGAACUCGACACUCUUCAUCCUGUUUAUGCUAUAGGUCGCACCGGGAGCGGAUGAUUAACUUACCACUAUCAAUCCGGUAUACCUGAUACCCGACCUGAUAUUGCCAAUUCCGCGGGGUUCCAGGCGGGUUUGUCAUCUUAUCUCUAAAGGGUGCUUAGGUCACAUCAACUUCGUGCCACACUUCUGGCUGUUUUGCCGGCUUGCAAAAAGGGUGGUGAGAGUUGCCUUGGAUUUUUUGCUAGGAAUUGCUUACUUCAAAAACUCAAUCAAAGUCAAUUCGAGUUUCAAAAACUGAAACAACGUUUUGUGGUGUGUUUCACCAUGUCCCAGUUUUUUCAUCCCUACAAAAUACAUCCCGAGAGACCACGAGCAUGGAAAGUGGAAGAAACAAGAAUUCCCCAUCGCCGCAACUCGACGAGUCGUCCGUCGAGAAGAGACUUUCAAAGGGCUGUCGUUGUGAAUCCAUCUUUCCAGCGGCAAUUUAUUGAUCCAACUGACCCUGCUGAUGAACAAGACAUGGAACCCAAAUUGAUGGAGGUCCCACAGACGCAAGGUCCUCGCCGAGUGACUAAAACAGAGAACAUAACAGUGAGGCGGGAAUGCGAGUGGGACGUGGACGACACCAAGGACGAUAGCCUCGGUGGAAAGCCACCACGUAAUAGAUCAAUUGUGCUAUUAGUAGUGGUCUGUCUUACAUCAAUUGUUUCUCUUGUUCUGACGUUGCUAAUUCUCUCUGGGUUCGUCGGAGUAAAAAACUGCUCUUGUAGCGACAAUUCAGCGUCUGGUAGAACAAGCGCAGUGAAAUCAGGAGAUAAUGAUAGACUUAGGAAGGUUGCAGAGAAUAUUACUGCGCUGGACAAAAGAAUGGAAGAACGAAUGCAACGAGUAGAAAAACUCAUUCCAAACGAAAGAUUGCCGUUACAUAAUGAAAUAGAUGUCUUGAAGGCACUAUUAAAAAACCAAACUGCCAAGCUGGACAAGCUAGUUAACAAAAUAGCUUCCCAGGAGAAGAAAAUCCAAUAUCUUACAGUACGCCUGGCGUCCACCCAUCGUGAACUAGAGACCGUUAGAGAAAAGGCCGAUAGGUUUAAGAACUCCAGCUCCAGUCACUUCAGUAACAUAUGGAAAGCAGUGAACACGACAGCGGGAAGAACAGAUAACUUAACAAACAAGUAUUUUCUCAAACAGCUUAAAAUUUCAACGGACCGACUCGAUCAAGAAGACAACGCUCUGAACGCAGUGUUAGAUGAAAUUAACAGGACACUCUCCAUAAAGGUAAACAACGUGAGAAAGCUCCAGGGCCCAGUCGGUCUUCCCGGUUUCAACGGUUCUCAGGGACCGAUAGGUCCUGCUGGACCUCCAGGAUCCAAUGGAACUCAGGGACCCCAGGGCAUCAUGGGCCCCCAGGGAUUUAACGGCUCACAGGGAGCUCAAGGUCCAACUGGACCACAGGGUUCCCAAGGAGCAGGAGACUUUUCACAGUGUAAAUACAAGAAUAGUACAAACACAGGAAGCCAACACAAAGUAACAAGCAACAGUCGUACAGGUGCAGUUACGGUUUCAGUGGAAGAACUCAGCGUAAGUAUACUCAAUCCUGUCAAAUUAUGAUUCCGAAACGAAACGGGUCACAAUCAGG